AUGUAUAUAUAUAACACUUUUCUUCGCCCCCCUUUUUUACCACUCAUCAUCAUCAUCAUCAUCAUCAUCAACCAAUCAAUUUUAGCGACACAUAUCAACAGCGAGGUCGAGAAGCUGGACGUUUACUACCGGCUCAAAUUUCAUGAUUUUUUUUAUUCUUCCUUCCCUUUUCACGGCUCUUGAGUUACAGUCGGGGAGCAACAGACCCCAGGCAAACGCAGCAUCUGGCAAUGCCGUUAUUACUUUUUUUUUUACUCUUUUUUUUUUUCACGCGAAACACAAAUGCAAAGUUUUGUCUUCUGCGAGGCGUUACGGGAACAAUGGAAACGGUACCAAGCAUUGGGCGGAAAUGUUUGACUUCUUCUCUUUACUUUUUCUCUCUAUCACUCAAAACAAAAUGAUUUUGAGUCUUGAUGAAUUUCUUUUUUUUUUUCUUUUCUAUUCUAACUCCUUUUUGGACUUUUACGAAUUGCAUACAGGAGGAUAUACACAUUUACCUAAGGGGAAACCGCGCUUUGGAGAGUUACUCAAGGAGAAAACUUUGGAAGAAAACAAAAUCCACUCCUUUUUUUGAGAAAGACCCCAAGCAAAAUUGAGAAACAAAUAAUAACACACAGUGAAAAAAAAAAGAGAUAUUCCUUGGGCCAGUAAUUUUUCUGUUCCCAACGGA